UCCUGUGACAAAAGCUAACGAGGCGCGAUUAAAAGCCGUUUCCCCCCACACACCCGCCGCCAUCCGCCGACCUGACGCGAUCCAGACAACGUUAAGCGCAUCCUUCCUUCUGUCCCGGCAAAGUCCAACGGUCGUCGUCGUGUUUAAUUGGGGUCUAGUAUUUAUUCUUUCUUUAAUAAACGCCGUUAUUCUUGAACUCCCGGUCUUCCUGGAAAACAUUAUUCCGAUCGGAGCCCCGCCGGGAGGAAGUGAGAGGAAGAGGCGCCGUCCAAUCUGGAGAAUUCUCCCGCGUUUCCCCUUCGGGAUCGGAGGAUCCGACCACACCGGCGUCCCCUUCCAUCCCCGUCACUCGGUCCGGUGGAACUACCGGCUGCAUCCGGCGAAGCCAAGCAGGACUUUAUCUUCCUUCGCCCUUGGACCCUUGCAGUGCGAAACCUGAAGGCGAAGUCCCGAGAAAGGCCAGCGAGGAACCCGGGUAGAAUUGACUGGCGAGGGAGGCUCCCUUCCCUCAGCGCCCACCAGGCAGGCAGGCAGGCAGGAUGUCCCCGGCAGGCUGGGAGGCCCUGGUGGCCCUGGCGGCGGUGGCCUGCCUGGCCGAGGGGGUGCGCGGCGGCUACGGCUUGAACAUGUUCGCCGUGCAGACGGCCCCGCAGCCGGAUCCCUGCUACGACGAGAACGGGCAGCCGAGGCGCUGCAUCCCGGACUUCGUCAACGCCGCCUUCGGCAAGGAGGUCAAGGUGUCGAGCACCUGCGGCCGCCCCCAGGCGCGCUACUGCGUGCUGGCCGAGAAGGGCGAGGAGCGGAGCCGCAGCUGCCACCUGUGCGACGCCGCCGACCCCAAGCGGGCCCACCCGGCCUCCUACUUGACCGACCUCAACAACCCGCACAACCUGACCUGCUGGCAGUCGGAGAGCUUCGUGCAGCACCCGCUCAACGUGACGCUGGUGUUGGCGCUGGGCAAGAAGUUCGAGGUGACCUACGUCAGCCUGCAGUUCUGCUCGCCGCGCCCGGAGUCCAUGGCCAUCGCCAAGUCCAUGGACGGCGGCAAGAGCUGGGUGCCCUUCCAGUUCUACUCCACCCAGUGCCGCAAGAUGUACAACAAGCCCAGCCGCGCCGCCAUCACCAAACAAAACGAGCAGGAGGCCAUCUGCACCGACUCCCACACCGACAUGCGGCCCCUGAGCGGCGGCCUCAUCGCCUUCAGCACCCUCGACGGCAGGCCCUCCGCCCACGACUUCGACAACUCGCCCGUCCUGCAGGACUGGGUCACGGCCACCGACAUCAAGGUGGUCUUCAGCCGCCUCCACACCUUCGGCGACGAGAACGAGGACGACUCCGAGCUGGCCCGCGACUCCUACUACUACGCCGUCUCCGACCUCCAGGUGGGCGGCCGCUGCAAGUGCAACGGGCACGCCUCCCGCUGCGUCCGCGACCGCGACGACCACCUGGUCUGCGACUGCAAGCACAACACCGCCGGGCCCGAGUGCGACCGCUGCAAGCCUUUCCACUACGACAGGCCUUGGCAGAGGGCCACCGCCCGCGAAGCCAACGAGUGCGUCGCUUGUAACUGCAACCUGCAUGCCAGAAGGUGUCGUUUUAACAUGGAACUCUACAAAUUAUCUGGUCGCAAGAGUGGGGGUGUUUGCCUUAAUUGCCGACACAACACAGCUGGUCGUCACUGCCACUAUUGUAAAGAAGGCUACUAUCGGGAUAUGACCAAACCCAUCACACACAGGAAAGCAUGCAAAGCAUGUGAUUGCCAUCCCGUGGGUGCAGCUGGAAAAACCUGUAAUCAAACUACAGGGCAAUGUCCCUGCAAAGAUGGUGUGACGGGCAUCACUUGUAAUCGAUGUGCCAAAGGCUACCAGCAAAGCAGAUCUCCCAUUGCCCCCUGCAUAAAGAUUCCUGUUGUUCCUCCUACCACUGUGGCCAGCAGCACAGAAAAGCCUGCAGAUUGUGAUACCUACUGCAAGGCAUCCAAAGGGAAGCUGAAGAUAAACAUGAAGAAGUAUUGCAAGAAAGACUAUGCUGUCCAGAUCCACAUCCUGAAAGCAGAGAAAGCUGCAGAAUGGUGGAAGUUCACAGUCAACAUCAUCUCUGUUUACAAGCAAGGGGCGAAUCGGAUACGGCGUGGUGACCAGAUCCUCUGGAUACGCUCCAAGGACAUUGCCUGCAAGUGUCCCAAGAUCAAGCCUAUGAAGAAAUAUUUGUUACUGGGCCAUGAUGAGAACUCUCCAGAUCAGAAUGGCCUUGUAGCAGACAAAAGCAGCCUUGUGAUACAAUGGAGGGACACAUGGGCCAGGCGCCUGAGAAAGUUCCAGCAACGAGAAAAGAAAGGGAAAUGCAAGAAAGCCUAGAGGGAGAAUCAGAGACAAGGAAAGACUGCACAUCCUUUCGUGUCCGAGUCAGAGCAGAUGAAGUGGGAUUAGGGACACUGGCAAGAAGCUCACUUUGCAAUUUAUAUGCAACUGGGUGGGGAGGACAAGUGAGGAAUUAGUAACCUGUGAGUUAUGCCCAUUUUGGCCCUCAUAAAUACAAAACCCACACAAAAACUAGUGAGAAAACUAACUGUAAAUCCCUACUCACCAUAGUAACAAAUAUUAGAUCAGUUACUACUUCCCGUUCUCCUUUGAUUUCCUUUUUUUUCACUUUUUUCUCAAAUCAUUUUGGUCUGAAGGAUGAUGAACUGCCUUAAAUUCACCACCUUAACUACUUCUCAAGUCCAAACAAGAACCAACAACUUGUCACUGAAAAGAACGAUAUUGGACAGAAACGAUCCUCUUCUAUGUCUUCGCUUGCAAGAAAUGGAAACAGAUUGCUGUUGGUAGGAAGAACAGACAAACGGGAUUGUUGGCUAAAAAUUGACCAUCGGGUACUGCAUAACAGUCUGCUGGAUGGUUCUUCUAUCAUCUGUUACACAGCAACUUACAGAACAUGUCAGAUUGCUUGUGCAAUCUGACAUACCUUACUCGCCAUUGUAAAUGAGAGCAGUCAUAAAUGUGUGAAAUGUACAGUAAAUUCUUAUUGCUCAUAUAAAAAAAGGCAACUUGGUCCUAAAGAAAGGAAGAUGAGAAUUGUGAAGAAGGUUGCAUUUAUGGAACAGUUGAAUGAUGGAUACCCAAUGAGUAGCAAUACCUAGAAGAACACUAGUCAACACUCAGCUAAAAGAAGGGUCAAAUUACUAGACCUGGCUUUUUAGAAAAUCUGCUUGCAGUGCUGCAUUUGUGAACACAAUUCCACCAAAAGAAAACCAGUUUUAUUUUUUUCUUUCUAAAUUCAUCAAAACAUGAAACAAAUACAAUCUCAAAAUAAUAACCGCUUUAUACAUAAAAGGAAUUCAUCUCAAUUGCAUAAAGCAAAAGUUACAUAGGAUAGAUCCUAUACUGAUUUUUCUCUUGAGAUAACACUGUGUUAAUAUUUCAGCGCCCAAACCAUGGAAACAUGUCUUAUGAAAGUGUGCAAUGAAAUUCCAUCUCUCCACAUUAGUGUCUCAAUUGUGGUCAUUAAUAUCUCAUGUAAGAUUUCAACAUCUUACUGCUGCUGUCUUCAUCAAGCAUGUUUCUGAACUGCAGAUCAUCUUAUGAACUGGCUGAAUUUGUCAAGAUUUGUAACUUACCUACAUGCAUGGAUGAAGAGAAGGGGGGGGGAUCAAAGAAGUUUUAUUACUGCUUAUAAAGAUGAAAAAGAGUCCGACUAAUUAAUCGUUUUGUUUUAAAGAGCUUACUAUACGUAGCUUUAAUUUCUUACUUGUAAAACUAUGAUUUAGAAUGAGGGAAUCAUUCUACCACAUUUCUUCUACAGAAAUUCUCUGCACUUCCUUAAACAGAAAAGUUGGCAGUGGGCUUUCUCUUCCAUAUUAAGUUCACAAGAAGUGAGUUUUCUGUUCAUACAAUCUCCACUUCCCUUGCAAGCAAACCAGGAAGGCUGCAUUAAAUUCAGCACAAAUAAGUGUAAAGUGACCAGAUGCCAGGGAAGUAGAUGGUAGGGGGAGUAAGAGAAAUUGUUCCUGGGAAAGAAGAGAAUACACUGGCUUAGUUGCUUUGCACACUCGCAGAAACCUAUGGACCGUCCCUUUUUUCUAUCAGCUGAAUUUCGACAGAAAAAGUUACGACCACAAUUGAGCCUAACGUUUGCUAAAUUUGUUUAGUGAGUUUUGCCCCAUUUUAUGACAUUUCUUGCCAUGUUUGUUAAGUGAAUCACUGCAGUUCUUAAAUUAGUAACCUGGUUGUUAAGUGAAUCUGGCUUCCCCACUGACUUUCCCUGUCAGAAGGUCGCAAAAGGGGAUCAAAUAAUCUAGGACACUGUAACCAUCAUAAAUGUGAGCCGAUUGCCAAGUAUCUGAAUUUGGAUCACAUGACCAUGGGGAUGCUGCAAUGGUUGUAAGUGUGAAAAAUGGUUGUCACAUUUUUCAGUGCUGUUGUGACUUCAAACGGUCACUAAAUGAACUGUUGUAAGUUGAGGACUACCUGUACACAGACCAUUCUCCCAGUACUGGUAUCUAUGUCAGCAGAGAUUUCAUCAGUUCUAAUUUUGAACCCAGAAGGAAUUUUAAUCCAAAAAUGUCCAAGGUCCAAAAAUGGCUUAGUUCUGGAAAACAAUGGGAACAAAAGUAAAUAAUCAGCCUCACAUUUUAGUAGUAGAUUACCAACUGAGAAGGGAGUUUACAUUGUGGACACUUCUCUCUAUUCUAUUCCUUGCAAGAAACGUUACACAUUGGGUAACAUUAGAAAAUAACAUCCUUCCAUCCCACUCUUUGAUGCAGCCCAUUUUUACCAACUCGUCAUGGUACACAUGGAGAUCAGUCAUUCCAAAAGUUUCCUCUCUUAGGAAGCAGCAACUUUCAAACAUUUUAUAAUUUCCAAUCUUGAUUUAUCUGCUAAGGGAUCUUCAUGAUAAUAGUGGCCCCUUAUGUGUAGUUUAGCUGGAGCUUUUUGGAUUAACUUCAGUAAAACAUCUCAACUUUCUACUUUCAGCUUGUUCAUCAUAUGGGAAUGAUAUCCAGCAUAUUUGAGCUUGUCAAAACUAACUUUCCAGAUCAUUGUAGUAUUCAUUGGAAUGCCAAUGAAUACUACAAUGAUCUGGAAAUCCUUUGUUAUUUUUGCUCAAAGCCCUGCUUUAGGUUUAUAAAAUUAAUGAUGUAUGUAUUCGUAUAUAUUAUAAAUAUAUAGACAUAGGCACACACAAACAAUGUAGCUGCAGUCAGAAAAUCAAGGAAUAUUGGGUAAAAGCAGGCUGGAUAUCUCUAAUGUGUGCACAGAUGCCAUUAGUUUCAGACACACAGAAAAUAUGUCCAGCAACUCUACAUCACUCCACAAGACUUAAAAGUAACCGUAACCAUGAAACGUCAUUGCAGAAAAUGGCAAGCUGUUAUCAAAACUAACAGAAAUGUGAUAUUGAUAGCUAUGAUGGAGUAACAAAAAACGCUAAACAUUGUUCUCAAGAAAUGUACACUGCCUUUCAGAAUUAACAAUAGUUUCUAUAUAGGGGGUUGAACUAAUUAAAACUGCUUUCAUGUUGGUUUGUUCUCAUUUAAAAUAUCUCUAUAGUUCUACUUUUUCCAGGCUGUGUUCUCUGAAAGAAUCAACCAUGUCUAGUACCACUUUAUGAGAGAUGCAAUAUAAACCGUAUCUUCUGUUGAGGUUCCUCAGAGGAAGAACAAUAAGCUUGUAGCUGCUGAGCACUUUAUACCCAUCCCUCAAGAUCUAGCUAAGAUCAAUAGAUCGAUUCCCAGUUGAUUUUAGCAGCCAAACGUGGAGAACUCAAAGCCAAUAAUACCCAGCUUUUACUCUGGCACAAAAUAACAGGAUAUCCAUUAUUCAGACAGCAUUGUGGAAAUCAGCAGAAAAAAGUAAGUGGAAGAAGAGGCAUUUAAUUAUAUCUGAUACAUAUUUUACUAAGAAACACAAAGGUGUUUCUAUGUUGACCCAUUGUCCAUUAAAUUAAUGAACACAUUCUCUCCUGGGUCAUGUCCUAGGACCGUGAUGGCAAACCUAUGGCACGCGUGCCACAGGUGGCACGCGGAGCCGUAUCAGUGGGCACACGAGCUCAGCUCCGCCAGCUGAUUUUCAGGCCUUUUGGGCCCACCGGAAGUCGGCAAACAGGCCAUUUCCGGCUUUCGGAAGGCCUCUUGGGGGGGGGAGGCCGUUUUCGUCCUCCUCAGACUCCAAGAAAGCCUCUGGAACCUGGGGACGGCAAAAAACAGGCAUACCGGGGCCACCGUGCCAUCGCAUGCCAAAAGUGGGGGAGCCUAGAGGGUCAGGGCGCAUUGAAUUAUGGGUGUGGGCACACGUGUGUGCGACCCCCCCGUGCUCCCCCCACUUUUGGCACGCGAUGGCAAAAAGGUUAGCCAUCACUGUCCUAGGAAAAACUCUUAUGCUGUUUUGCAUUGGACUUUGUUUGUCUAGGAUAUAGGAAAACAAGGCACCUAUUUAGAGUCAAAUUGCAGACUUAUUAGCAGCAGUGAUGAGUAUCUUUCCCCAUUUAUUAGUUUGUGUGUUUUUUAAAACACUUGGGCCAUUUUUUUACUUUUUUGGCUUUGCUUUUUUUUUUUUUUUUUUACAAGUCAGGACUUUACAGAAGUUUUUAUUUGUUUUUGUUUUUUUAAAUAAUUCUUUGGCAUUGUGUGGUAGCCCACAAAACUGUAACAGCACUAGGGGGAACUGUGAACAAAGCAUAAGGCUGGAGUGAGAGAGAGAGAGAGAGAUUACCAACAGUAUAAAAAUUUUAAUCACAGAUUUUCAGGAUUAUUAAUAGUCAUUACAUUAUAUUGCAUUAUAAGAAAUAAUUCAGAAACAUCAGUUAUGUCACAGGCGAUGUAUUUCCACGAAAUCCUAAAAAACAAUUUUGGUGGCCUUGUGCAUUGCUUUGUCUGAUUUGCUAGUAAUGUUCAGGAUUUCAUUAAAUUGCUCUAGUGUUCCUCAAUUGUCAUGCAAUGUGUUGGGCAGUCUGAUGCAAUGAUUUCCCUUGAAUGUGUAUAUUUCAAGAUAAGUUGGGGGGGGGGCCGUUAGGCCUGGCUUGUAAUCAGCACCUCAAAAGAAAAUAAAUCUAUGUUAAUUUACAAAUGAGUAACAUCUCAGAUUAACAAGGUGUUUUCAUUGCAAAGCUUGGUAAAAUUUGGUUUUUUAUGACAGUGCCUUUGUUGUCAAAUCCACAUCUUGACUACAAAGGAGCAAACAUUGUAAUCCUGUAUAGAAAUGUGGGAGGCAAUUUGUGUUUGCUUUUGUGAAAUAUUGAUAACCACUAUAUAUCAUCAUUCAACAUGAUUGCAAAACAUAUAUGUUCAUGGUGUUUAAUCUCUUUCAAAGAGUUGAAAAAGUCUUACCUUCUGUAACACAAAUAUUUUGAAAAGCUGUGAAAUGUGAUAGUUGCAUCAACUAGCAAAUGGAGAAGAAACUACCAAAAAAAAAAAAAAAUCAAGGCUGAUUGUAGAAUUAGUACAAAAUGUAAAAUAGCUAGAGGGCAGAAUCUAUAUACUAAUCAAAAAUAUAAUACACUAGAAAAUAUUAUAACAAUCCUGAUUCUGCCUACAGUAGUAAGUUCCCUUUUUGUUUGUUCAAUAGGGUCUAUCUUGACAUGAUUAAGGGCUUGUUCUGUACUUCUAUAUACAGUAAAUAUAGCUUUGUAUACAUAACUAUACCUCCUUUUAUUUAACAGAUCAUUUCAGCUUCAAAUAAAAAAAAACAGAAAAGAAUAAAACAAAAUCCACUGCAAUACUUUAGGCCAUUUAUUGGUAGAGGCAUAAUUCUUGCCACGCAGUCAUAUAUUCUCAGGAGGCAGCAUAUAACCAGAUUCAUCUACAUUUUCAGCUGAUAAUUUUAUUUGAAGGCCAAGAGUUAUGCAAAAGGUGACCCCUAAUACAACUGAAGUUUAUGGGCCUAGCAUAGAAUAAGAAUGCUCUAUCAAAUACAGUGGCUUAGUUAGAUAGCUGGAAAGCUUCCUAAACCCCCUGCUAAAAUAAUGCAACCCUGCAUUGUGUAAGACAACCUUGCAACUUUUAAGACAUAUAUUUUAAUUAUAAAGGAAAUCAUCUUGUUUUUCUGAAUGGGAAAAGAAUCACUAGAGUGAGAUGUAUGUAUCUGCAGUAGAACCAAUUGGUGCCUUACAUCUUUUUUUAAAAGAGUGACAUGAGAAGGUUGUAAAGACUACUGAUAUAAUCUCUAAUGUUGAGGGACUCUUGAGAAUAUUCCAAGCUCUAUGUUAACAAAAGAAAUGCAACGCAAACCAUUCUGAGAACAACUGAAACAUUCAGACACAAGUAAUACAGCUUUGUUCUCUUUACUUGGUCCACUUUAUGUUCCUUCCCUUCAUCGCCUUAACUCCUUCCCCCAGGGAUAAUAAUCCUCUGUUCCUAUUAUUCCUGUUAAUAAUUAUGAACUGUAAAUGUUGCUUAGUUAUGACCUUUGCAUAUAGUUUUGCGACAAUGUUUCUUUACAAUGCAUACUAAUAUAUUAUGGUUAUAUAUAUAUGAAUAUAUUUAAUGACAUGUGGGGAAAAAGUUGUGGAUUUUCUUAUGUACCCACCCUUCUUUUACCUUCAUUUGUUAGAUGGGAUGAUAUAAUGAAGCAGAUGGAGCAUGUAACAGUGCAGAAUCCACUUGAUAAGACUAAAUCCAGACAUCUGUCAAAUAAACUCUUAUAAACUUC